AUGGCACCUCACGCGGAAAUCGGCAACGGCAACAGCAACGGUACCAUGAACGGGUAUAGCGCGCAUGGGUCGACUCAAUCCCACCAGGAUCUUCUCACAGUCAACUCUCCCAAUGUGGCCUAUACCGAUGACCACAUCAAGUCUAGAUACGUCUAUCGCACCACGGAGGUCACCAAAACCGCCAAUGGCAAAUUCACGGCCUCUCCCAAGGAGACGGUCUAUGAUUUCAAGGUUGAUCGCAAGGUCCCCAAGGUCGGUAUGAUGUUGGUGGGCUGGGGUGGUAACAAUGGUUCCACCGUUACCGCGGGCAUCAUUGCCAAUCGACGUGGGCUUGUCUGGGACACUCGUGAAGGCCCUCGUGCUGCCAACUAUUACGGCUCUGUGGUGAUGGGUUCGACCAUCAAGCUGGGCACCGAAGCCAAAACUGGCGAGGAAAUCAACAUUCCUUUCCAUGAUGUUUUGCCCAUGGUCCACCCCAACGACAUUGUCAUUGGUGGAUGGGACAUCAGUGGCAUGAACAUUGCGGCUGCCAUGGAUCGUGCCCAGGUUCUGGAACCGACUCUGAAGGCUCAGGUCUACAAGGAGAUGGCACUCAUGAAGCCUCUACCGAGUAUCUACUACCCCGAUUUCAUUGCCGCCAAUCAAGAAGAUCGUGCGGACAAUGUCCUUCCGGGUAAAAAGGCGAGCAUGGCUCAUGUUGAGCAGCUGAGAAAGGACAUUAGGACUUUCAAAGAGCAGAACAGCCUUGACCGGGUCAUUGUUCUUUGGACCGCCAACACCGAGCGCUAUGCCGACAUCAUUCCCGGUGUCAACGACACGGCCGAGAACUUGUUGAAGGCCAUUGAACAGGGCCAUGAGGAGGUCUCGCCCUCUACGGUCUUUGCCGUGGCCUGCGUUCUGGAGAACGCACCGUUCAUCAACGGUUCUCCUCAGAACACCUUUGUUCCGGGCGCGAUCGACCUUGCCGAGAAGCACGGGUCGUUCAUCGGUGGCGACGAUUUCAAGUCCGGCCAGACCAAGAUGAAGUCUGCCCUGGUGGAUUUCUUGAUCAACGCCGGCAUCAAGUUGACUUCCAUUGCAAGCUACAACCAUCUCGGCAACAACGAUGGCAAGAACUUGAGCUCGCAGCGACAAUUCCGCUCCAAGGAGAUCUCCAAGUCCAACGUGGUCGAUGACAUGGUCGCGGCCAAUACGGUCUUGUACGAGAAAGACGAGCAUCCAGACCACACCGUCGUCAUCAAGUACAUGCCUGCCGUCGGGGACAACAAGCGGGCGUUGGAUGAAUACUACGCCGAGAUCUUUAUGGGCGGCCACCAGACCAUCAGCAUCUUCAAUGUCUGCGAGGACUCGUUGCUCGCGUCGCCGCUGAUCAUUGAUUUGGUCCUCGUCGCCGAGAUGAUGACUCGUAUUCAGUGGAAGACCGAGUCUGCCGCCGAGUACAAGGGGUUCCACAGUGUUCUCAGUAUCCUCAGCUACAUGUUGAAGGCACCGCUCACCCCUCCUGGCACUCCGGUCAUCAACUCGCUGGCGAAGCAACGCGCCGCCCUGACCAACAUCUUCCGCGCCUGUAUCGGUCUCCAGCCCGAGUCUGACAUGACUCUCGAGCACAAGUUGUUCUGA